CGUGUUGAAAUGGGUCUGGUGACUGAGACGGCCAUGACAUAUGGUUUACAUCGUUUUCAUGCUCAUCAAGGCUAUAAGGACACGAUUGACAACCGAUAUAUUAUUUCAGAAUUCAUUAAAAUUAGGGUAAGGUUUGGCUGUCGGUUUAAGCGUCAACUGUGUCCUUAUAAUCUCCCCAGCAAGCUAGUUAACGGUAUGCAUAGUUGUUUAGGGCUACAUAAAGGAGCUCUAUUCGAGAGCGUGAGUACGCAGUCAGGUAAAAUCGGAGAAGAGAUCUCCGUGCAGUGCUUGGUCACCACUUCAGCUUGAACAACCAGCCGAACGGAGAAUGGACAGCUAUCAGGCUAGCUAGCUAGGUGGAAUUCAAAGAGGACAUGUGCUAGCUGGUUCGUGUGGGACGACAGUUUCCUGUUUUCGCCAGUGUCCAGGUUGAUUCGACCAUAACUUCUGGAUUGUGAACACGCGAGGUGGAGAUGCAGACUUUUUUGAAAGGCAGAAGAGUGGGUUACUGGCUCAGCGAGAAGAAGAUGAAGAAGCUGAAUUUUCAGGCCUUUGCUGAUUUGUGCAGGAAAAGAGGAAUAGAAGUAGUCCAGCUGGACCUGAGCCAGCCCCUGGAGGAGCAGGGUCCCCUGGACGUCAUCAUCCACAAACUGACUGACCUGAUCCUGGAGGCCGACCAGAACGACACACAGUCAGUCCUGCUGGUGCAGAGAGUACAGGACUACAUUGAUGCCCACCCUGAAACCAUCGUGCUGGACCCCCUCCCAGCAAUCAGAACCCUGCUGGACCGCUGCAAGUCCUACCAGCUCAUCCAUCGGAUAGAGGACUGUAUGCAAGAUAAGAGGAUCUGCUCUCCCCCAUUCAUGGUUCUGAACACUGAGUGUGGUCCAGACACGCUGGAGCAGAUUGAGAAGCAUGGACUCACAUUCCCCUUUAUUUGCAAAACACGAGUAGCCCAUGGAACCAACUCCCACGAGAUGGCCAUCAUUUUCAGUGAGGAGGACCUGAAGGGCGUGAAGCCUCCAUGUGUGAUCCAGAGCUUCAUCAACCACAACGCGGUGCUCUACAAGGUGUUUGUUGUGGGGGAGUCCUACACGCUGGUGGAGAGACCCUCCCUGAAGAACUUCCCCGCUGGACCAGCAGACAGAAAAGCAAUUUUCUUCAACAGCCACAAUGUAUCAAAGCCAGAGUCCUCUUCAGACCUGACAUCUAGGGACAACGUGGAGGGGGUCUCCCAGCCACCCAGUGAUGAUGUCAUCAGAGAGUUGUCCAGGUCCUUGCGACAGGAGUUGGGCGUGUCCUUGUUUGGCAUUGACGUCAUCAUCAACAACCUUACGGGCCAACACGCCGUCAUCGACAUCAAUUCAUUCCCUGGUUACGAGGGUGUCCCAGAGUUCUUCAACGAUCUCCUGACCCACAUCACCAGUGUGCUCCAAGCUAACUCCGCUGACAGCCCCCCAGCCAGCGGGCAGCCCAAAGGCCUGGUAUCCACAGCCCCCAGCCUAACCCCAACCCCUGGCUCCCCAGGCUGCUGCAGCAUGCUGGGGAAGGAGGCCAGCAGCAGCCCCUGGAUCGUGGAGGCGGAUGGGAACCUGAAGGGCCCCCGCCAGAGACUGGGCUGUAACUCAGCCAUGUCCCCCAACUUCCAGCAACACUGUGUUUCCACGAUAGCCACCAAGGCUUCCUCCCAAUGACUGCCCUCCUCUUCCACCUUAGCCCCCACCCUGUUUUAACCUCGAACAAAAACAGAUGAGGAUUAUAAUGGUGACAAUAAUUAAUAAUGGUCAUAAUUAUGACAUUAAUUUGAAUAUAUCUGUAAUCAAAAACCAACUUUUUCUAUGUAGAUAUUGAUGAUGGUGAUUGGUUGUAGAUGUUUUUCUCUGCCUUUUAGAUGUUUUGUUUAAUAGGACUUACGUACUGUAAUGUGAACUUUUGGGAUCUCUGCUUAAUUGCUGAUUUUAGUUUCUCUCUGUGAAGUCUCUUUAAUCAAGUGGUCCACAUGAGAUGGUUAGGGGAAAUAUCUUGUCUGAACUUUUGUCUACAGCAGUGAAGGAAAAAGGCAACUUAACAUCCUGUGCUCCAUACGCACUCACGUUUCCAGCAUUGACAUUCACCAGUGAUGUCUUUAUUUUGAUGUUUACCACUCUGUCAUAUAGUGGAGAAGGGAUAUAAAGUUGUUUUAUUGUCACAUACACUGGAUAGGUGCGGUGAAAUGUGUUGUCUGGGUACUAUAACACUCAUCCACAGGUUUGGAGCAGCUGCCAGUGCUAAUGGCACGCAGAUCAACUGACUUAAAGAACCCACUCGAUCAUUUCCAAAAUCACAAGCAAGUCAUUGGGGUCUUGAUUGACAUUAGAUAUGAUGAAAUUGAACGCUGGUUGCUUUGUGUACCAUUUAAUUAACAAUGUGCUUUCUUUCAUGUGCAAGGCUCUUGUCAUGUGAAUUUCAUAGUCUUCACAACAGCAGAAACAAAAUAGAUAUUAAUCAAGAUCAAGAUGCAGUACAUGCAGCACGAAAGGCUGAAAAUACCUGCAUAAACCUUUGAUCACACCUCAUAUAAAUGUUUGUCAUCAGAAAAAUAAAUCUUUGAUCAUGUGACCAAGUUUAAUGGAGGAUAAUGUUUAUAAAAGCCUUUGAGUGUUUGUCAGAUGUGGUUGAGGUUUAUACAGGUGUUUUAUGUGACUGUAAACCAGUCCAUUUCCUUGCCUCAUAACUUGAGUUGUGUUGCUCCAGCACUGCUUAAAGAUGAGGAUCACAUUCCUUUUUGUAUGUGGGUGUUUUCAAAAAGUAUUCCAGCAUUCCAAUGCUUUAGUGAAAAAUGACUUUUAUGGAAUUGAAAUGAAUCGGCAUGCUGAACUCUCA